AUGAAGUCAACGACAGCAUCCCUCAUCAUCACCGCCCUGGCCUCGACGGCCAUCGCCCAGCCUCAUGGCCACCACCAGCACCAGCACCCGGCCCGUGCUGCCCACCAGCACCACCACAAGCGCGACCUCGUCACCGAGUGGGACACCGUCUGGGUCACUGAGACCGUGACCGAGGUCGUCGACGGCACCACCACCGAGUGGUUCACCCCCACCCCAAGCGCUCCGUCGACUACCCUGGCCACCGUAACAUCAUCCGCCGGCGGCCAGUUCUUCGAGGGCUCCUCGGCCCUCCCAUCCAGCGCGCCCCAGGUUGUUGCCCCGCCGCCACAGCAGCAGCUCCUCGUCCGUCUACGUCGCUCCCCAGCCACCGUUGCGCCCGUGGAGUCCCCUGCUCCCGCGCCGGUGGCACCCAAGGUUGAGACUCCCUCUGCCGCUGCCCCGUCCGUCGCGGCCGUCAACACCCCCGCGGCGUCCGCCAACACGGGCUCCACCGUCAACACAAACUCGAACGCCGCCUCUGUGCUGGGCUCCGAUUUCCAGUCCGGAGAUCUGACGUACUACGCCGUUGGGCUCGGUGCCUGCGGCGAGGACGACAGCGGCAAGGACAUGACCGAGAACAUCGUCGCAAUGUCCUCCGCGACCAUGGGCUCGCAGUCCAAUGGCAACCCCAUGUGCGGCAAGACCAUCAAGAUCUACAACAACGCCAACGGCAAGAGCUCGACGGGUGUCAUCCAUGACAAGUGCCCCGGCUGCAAUGCGGGCAGCAUCGACGUCUCGCAGAAGCUGUUCGAGGAGCUCGCCGACCUGGCCGACGGCCGCAUCGACAUCUCCUGGAACUGGGCUUAA